AUGGGAAUGAGAAUGCUAAAGAAUUUUUCAUGUGUUACUGGAGAAAACGAUUCUCAACAGCGCUACAACGUUGUGUCUCGCCAGUUGGAUGGUAUCGAAGGGAAACUGCGGCAAGAGAUUGCUGUCCAGACGGUUGCUGAUGUUGAGGAGUUACUGGACUAUUACGAGACUCUGUGGGAGACAGUUGAAGAGAAACGAGUAGAAACGCAGUCGUCAGGGCAGGAGCUUAUGCAACAGCUUGCUAUGAGUUUUGGUAGUGAUGCAUCUCCUGAAGUGAAAGGAGAGAUGCAGUCUAUUCACGCAUUACUAACCCAGAAGGUCGCUCUAAUGAACACCAAAGUGGCCUCCGUUCACCAGGAAUGGAGUCAUAAACAAGCUCAGCUUCAAGAUCUGCUGGGAGUGAGAGAAUUCAAGCAAGCCUGCUCAGAGGUUAUGGUGUGGAUCAAGAAGGAAAUUGGCAAUCUUUCGGUUCGAAACGAUUUUGGUGGCUCACUGGAAGGUUCCAGGCAAUUACACGAUGAAACUCUUGAGUUUCAGAAAGACACGAACGCUGUUUAUGAUCGUGUGUGUAAGUUGAUUGCGGUUGCGAAGAAGGAGAUUGAUGCAGAUUCAUUUGGCAAGGAGCAGUUUGAAGCUGGUGUUGCACAGUUGGAUCAUGCUUGGAAGGAGCUGAGUGUGAGGUUGUUACAUUGGCAGAGUCUGUUGGGAAUGGCGGUUUCGUUUCAAGAGAAAACUGAAAAUCUUGAGCACCGACUUGUACAAAUAGCAAAAUCUUUUCGUACCGUCCAACUAGAGAGGACAUACGAAGGAAUGCAGUUCCUCAUCAGCGAUCACGAAAAACUACGAGAACGUCUCAUGGACGCUAAACAACAAACGACCAACGAAGGCAGCGCAUUCAUCCAAAGACUUAAACACCCAGAACAGGAACUAAUGCUGGACGAAGAGGGAGAUGUUGCUGUUCCUGAUUAUUCGCCGGUCGUCACGCGUGUGAGAGCGUUGCUAAGGAAACUGGAAGACGAGAGCGAAGACGUGCAAGACAUGUGGACAGCAAGGAAGAAGGCACUGCAGCAGGCAUUGCAGCUACGUGCACUUGAAGGUUACUGUCGAGUGGUUGCCAUGGCUGCUGAUCAACAAAUUCAAAGCUUAGAUGCGGUUCCGUUUGAGCUGAGCAUCUCAGCUGCUGGUCUUCUUCUUCUCCAAGAGCAACACGCUCAACUGGAAUCAGCAGCUAAGUUGGUUGUUCGCAAAAUGGCUGAAGUGACGGAGGAAGCCGAUGGUUUAGUGAAGAGUGGUCACUAUGCGUCGGCUGAAAUCAAGAAGCUGAGGAAGUCUCUUGGGCACAAGGUUGGCCACAUGGCUAGGAUUGUGCUACAGAGACGGGAGGUGUUGGUGCACACUGUGAAGUUUCAGAAGAAGGCAAACGAGUGGGUCAUCAUCAUGGACGAAUUGCAGGGCAGAAUGACGGCCACUGGGAUUCCUACGACAUUGGACAUAGUCACCACUAUGACAGAGGGUCAUCAUGCCAUUUAUCAAGAGAUUGAACACAUUGGAGAUGAGCUUUUCUGUGAAAGUCGCACGUUUAUGACUGCAGUCAAGGGUGUGGCAGGCACAGAUUGUACGAAAGUGGAGGGCUUUCUAGGUCGAAUGGGCGAGCGUGUGGUUCAGUUGAAGUCCGUGUGGCAGCAGAGGCAGAAGCAGUUGCAGUUGGCAAGAGAGGGAUUUGAGUACAAGGAUAAAGUUCAAGAGACUGUGGAGUGGAUACAUCGAAUUGCGUGGGAUUUCUUCAGUGCUCAUCGUCACCUUGCACACGAUCUCGACUCGGCACAACAGAAACUGCGAGAGUACGAAGCGUUUGAAGAAGAAUCCAAAGUGAUCCACAAUCGAGUGAUUGUGUUGUACCAGCAGGUGGAUAAUGUUAUAUUGGGAGGCACUGUUGGCACUGACAUGUUUAGGUAUGAAUCGGAACGUCUUCUCAGUGAGUGGCAGCAUUUUCUUAAUCAUCUUGACAAGAGCAGCCAACUGUUGAUUCUCUAUUCGUCGUUUCACAAUGCAGCAAGACAGUUCUCUCUGUUGUUGAGUGAGUACGAGGCAUUUAUUGAAGACUUGAACGAGCAGGUGCUACACCAGCAAAGCACAAAAGAGACAGACGCUCAACUGGAACGAUGUCACCAACAAGCACAGAACAAUGCCUCGGAAACUGAGGUACGGCUGAGGUCAUUUGUUGACAUGGCAACGCAAUACACAGUCCAGAUAUCCAAGACUUGGCCUUGCCUGGACACACAGCCGGCUAGUAUUGCUGCUGCGAGAUUGUGGACGGAGCUGAGGGAUCGUAAGGAGCAGCUUGAGGCAGUGUGGAAGAUGAGGAAGGGGUAUGUUGAGCAGGAGGCCGAGAUUCAAGAGUUUCAGCAGCAAUCGCAGAAGCUGCUUGGGUGGCUGCAUGCUCGAGCCGAUGCUUUCUUCCAGCAAUAUGGACCCGCUCCUCCAGUUGACGUUGAACAAGCGAAACAACGACAAACACAACUGGUCAAGUUCCAAAAAGAGGCAGAUGAGCAUUUGAGACAUGCAACUAUGCUGCUAUCCAAAGGCGAGCAGCUCAUCCAACUGGAAGGACACAACUCCGAUCCACUACAGAGCGUCGUCGAGCAACUACAGCACGGACUCGAGCAGUUCACGUGUCGUAUCUCUCAAUACCAAAACGUGCUCGCAUCAACACUCGAAUUCCACCAACAGAAAGACGAACUAACACUCGAACUUCGAUGUUUGAAAGAUUUACUGACCACUGACAUCCCCGACGAAGCCGACAGAGCAAGAGAAAUGAAGACGAGUCUUGAGCAACGGUGGGAGAGAUGCAGCUCCAUGAUGGAACGCCUCAACGUUUUAGCAGUUGAAAUGAAGUCGUAUUAUGGUCGACAGACGAGGCAAAAGAAUCCGGCGGCUUCGCUUGAUCAUUUGAAGGCACAAUUUCGGCAGUGCAGUGAAUUGUUAGAGUCGUGUUAUGAGAAGUUGGUGAGGACGAUCAAGGCAGCGGAGUUUUUUAUUGCUGUGGCGCAGGUGAAGAGCGAUUUGUAUGAUAAGUCAGAGGAAUUCUUUGGAAAAAAUGUGUUGUUGGGCAAGAACGUCGGGGUUGUGAAUCAACAGCUGCAAGCCCUUGAUGAUUUUGAAAACAAUAUGCUGGCUACAUUUCAUCGCGUUCAAGACCUCGUAGACGAAGGCAACAGACGAAUGGUUUCCAAUCAAUCCGCAAGCUCCGUCAUCGCCCUCCAGUUGGAAUCGCUCCAAGAAUCCUCACACAUGAUCAACGCCCAAAUCGCCGAACGACGAGACAUACUCGACCUUUGCACCGUCUUCCACAAGCAUGCUGACCAAGCAAAGCAGUGGUGUGACGAUGCCAACAAUCAGUUGAGGGAUGGAACACAUCAGGGCUUGUCAGGCAAUUCGUCUCUUGAUGAUAUUCGGAUGGCAAGGUUUACGUUGCAUGGAUUUUUCAGUCGGAAGGAAGUUGCACAACGCGAUCAGUUGAGGUUGAUUAACAAGGCUGCGAGUCAGAUACCGACUGAGGAGGCACAGAGUGUCGCUGAGAAUUUGAUUGAGAUGAGUAAGGAGAUCAUGGAGAAGUAUAGGAAGCUUGAUGUUGAUCUCGCUGACAAUCAGGAAAGGAGGGGUGGUGGUCGAUCGAUCAAGCAAGGGAUUGUGAUGGAGACAGAAGAGGAGGCUGACAUGUUCUUCGUGACCGAAGAAAGCGAGACAUCUCUCGAACCGUUUUACGAAGACGACUCUCCGAACGAAAUGCAAAUUGAGACACCAACACCACCGGUUCUCUUACGAGAGAAAUCCGACGUCGUAAAACAAUCAGAUGUUCGAGUGAUUCCAAACAAACGAGACUCAUCUCUGUCUGCAUUGGUCGCUGCCACUCUAAAUUUCGGAAUGUUUUCCAGCAGCCUGUCUCAGGACUCAUUUGAUGACACGACAGAAGAACAACCUCCAGCCGUUCCUCCUCGACCGAAAAUGUUUCCGUCUCAGAGCACGGAGACAAACGAAGGAGAUCAAACCGAAAACGGCGAAGCGUCUGAUGAAGAAAUCGAUGCCGGCGGUGAAGACUCGAAGGAGGCACGUAAAGCGUUGAAGAAAGUUGGAUACGUGUUGGAGGAACUUGUAAGUACAGAGAGGGAAUACGUUGACAAACUAAGUGUCAUCGUCAAGGGCUUUUUACCCGAGAUGAGCAGCAAUCGAGUGCCGACAAUUUUGGAGCACAAGAAGGAUGUGAUCUUUGCGAAUGUGGAGGAAAUCUAUAACUUUCACAAGGUGUUUGUACGAGAUCUCGAGCAGUUUCAGGAUAAUCCACAACAAGCGUGCAUGUGUUUUAUCAGAGAGGAAAACAAGUUCUGGGCAUAUUUUCCAUACUGCAAGAACAAAGCUCGUUCACAGAAAGUGCUGGACGAAUACGGCGGAGUCUUCUUCGAUAAUAUUCAGAAACGACUAAAUUUGCCUUUGCCGCUCAGUUCGUAUCUGUUGGAGCCGAUACAGCGAAUGACGAGAUACCAGUUGCUGUUGAAGCAACUUGUGAAAUAUGCCGAACAGGCGAAACUUGAUUGUGCAUCCGAAUUGCAGAAUGCAGUCAAUGCCAUGUUACGAGUCCCCAGAACAGCAAAUGAUGCUCUAAACUUUGAGUUACUGGUGGGAUUCGACAUGAAGUUGGAUGAACGUCGAUUGCUUCUACAGGAUGUCUUUUUCGUCUGGGUCUCGCGACCUGGAGAGAAAUUGAAGAAAAAGGGGCAAGAAAUGCAAGUAUUCUUACAUCAGGACGUUGUCAUAUUCAGCAGGAAGGAAGUCGAAGGCAAAAACCAAGAACAACACCAGCAACGCUACGUCUUCAAAAACAGUUUAAAGACAACAUCGAUGGGCUUGGUUGAGAAUUAUCGUCAAAGCUCCAGCCACCAACCCGACAAGACAAAGUUCGCUCUCACAUGUGGACCGAGCACAGUCAACACCGAACAGUUUGUACUCCAGACAAUCUGUCAAGACCACAAGAAGGCAACAGAGGUGAAGAAGGUUUGGAUUGAAGAGAUCAAUACUCUUCUCUAUCAACAGCUAGCGGCAGUCAAAGCAAAACAGAAGGAGACUCUUGGCAAGGAGAGAACACUUCAUCCACUACGUAGUGCCUCAGAAUCUCACUUACCGCGGCGACCUGAUCCUCCAGGGGAAGAAAAGCAUCAGGCACUUGCUCGUCCGCUCUCGAGGACCAUUUCAGCAACUGGAUCUGAGUGUGGAUAUUCUGAUCCAGAGUCACCUUCCAAGAUAAGAGACAUUAUUGGUGAUAUCUCGAUUGCUCCACAAGACGCAUCAAAACAGUCAAAAAUAUCGGUCGGUGAUGGAUACAUUGCUGUUCGUCGGCAUGAACCAUCAGACUUCAGCGAAGCUUCGCUGAAACUCGGGCAGCGUGUCGAAGUACUAGACUUGGAAUCCAAACGGGGAUGGUGCCUCGUGUGUACAGAAGCCACAGACACUGAACUGUCCACCGAGGGGUUCGUGCCUAUCAACUGUAUUGCACCAGAGAAGGAAGCAAGACUACCAGGCACUUCACCACCACAGAAAAAGGGCACUGCAGCUUCAUCUCAACAAUCCAUGCCUGCUAUCCCUGAAGAAAAGAUGAAACACUCAGUCUCAGUGAAGCAGCCAUCACAAAAGUCUGAAAGUGUCUCCUCAAAAUCUUCACACAGUCCAGCUGGAUCACCUAAACUCGCAACUAAACUUGGAGCACAUAAGUCCAUCUCGUCUCCAGUUUUGUCUGUACAGAGAUCAUCAGGGGGGUCAUCAACAUCCACUCUAUCAGGUCUAGGAGAGGAGGAGUUCUACGUACAGUUUGAUUACACGGCAGACGAAGAAUCACAAACGAGCGUCAAAAUGGGGCAAAUUGUGGCCGUCCUUGAUAACACCAUGUCAGGUUGGUGGUACGUCUCUACUGCUGAGUUUGGCGAAUACAAAGCGAGCGAAGGUUACCUACCAAGUCAUUGUCUAUCUAAAUCGAAACCGAAGUCAAUCGAAGAGUCCGAGCCAUCACGACAUGAAACAUCCGUGUCAGAACCGUCUAACGAGUCCGAAGCUUCGCCGCCAUCUUUACGCCCAAAACGACAGAACAGCAACACUCUCCACUCGGUUAUUGAACAUACGCAAGACGUGCAUGCACCUGUUGUCAUCAACCUGCCUGAGAAUGUCUUCAUCGUACAACAAGACUACACCGCUGAGGAUGACAGUCAAGUGAGCGUCAAAGCCGGACAGAAAGUCGAAGCAAUAGACACAACAACAAUCACCGGUUGGUACAUGGUACAAGUCGAAGGGAACGAAACGGAGUCAGACCAAGAGGGUAUGAUCCCAUCCCAUCUCUUAGGCAAAACCGUUCCUUUAGUUGAAAUUCCAACGUCUCAACAAGAAUCAGAAACACUCUCCAGACACUCAUCUAAAUCGAUCGUCAGCCAACAGAGUAGACAAGCCGUUGCAGCUCAAAACCCAGUUAGAGUUUUGGAGAGAUUAUCAAGAGACUCAACGGUUGCACAACAAAGUAUACAACAAGUGUCUCUGAGAGACUCUGACCGAACGUCAGGAAGGUCGUCAACAGCAACACAAAGUAUGCAACGAGUAGUCUCCCCAAGAGAUUCUGACCGAAUGUCUGGAAGGUCGUCGAGGAGCUCUGGUAAACGGCGGUCCGAACGAAGUGAGAACAAGAAGGUUUCUGGUUUGGUUCAGGAAGCGAGUGAGACUAAGAGUACACGGAGUGACGACAUGCUCUCGCCUCCAUUGGCUGGACGGUUGAUUGAAGAAGGUGAGAUGAAGACUGAGCAGUCAGAUGUUGUGAAGCCUGGGCUGAGUCAAGAUUUUCAAUCGGAACUUGCGGCUGUAUUGAGGAGGAAGCUAAGACGUCCGUCUGCUGAUCGCCGCACGUUAUACCAAUCAACCUUUUUAUCUCAGGAUCCAUCUCACACAGAGCCAUCCGAACAAGACCUUGAAACAUUGCCCAGUCGUGGUCACUUCUAUUACGCCGUCGCUGGAUAUUGUCCUGACGACGAGCAUCAACUCCCACUCUUUGAAGGACAGAGAAUCGAGAUCAUCGAUUGGACGAGAAACGACUGGUGGCUUGGUCGCUUGCCUAACCCUGUGACUGCAGGCUUUGUGGAGGGUUGGGUCCCUGCGACGUAUUUGAAGGACCAAGAGACGUAUGAACAGGAACAAGCAGCGAGCAGGAGCCACGCUGUGAUAUCAGAACUUCAGACUAGGAGCAAGGGCAAUGUUGACACUGACAUGUAUCGUGCAAUAGCGGACUUCACCGCCGAACACUCGGGAACUGUGUCUAUGAGUGAGGGAGAAGACGUGAAGGUAUUACAUCAACAGGAAGGUUGGUGGCUUGUGAGAGUACAUCUAGACGAAGAAGUACCAGAAGAAGGUUGGGUACCUGCCAGUUACCUAGAGAAGGCAGUAGAUCGACCAGUAGAGGAGCCAGACUUUGACGACGCUGACUACGUUGAGCAACUGAACUUGGCAGCUGAUUUUAUCAAGACGAUUCUUGGUGAGAACUGGCAGUCAAUCGAUAGUGACAGCUUAUCAUCAACAUCCGACGACGAAUCAACGAGAGGCACGUCUAUCUCUCCAGUCAGCGAGCACCAGAGACUAAAAAAGAGUGUCACUCAGCGAUCAGCUGUCACAGCAAACGGCGACCGGAGUCUAACAUCGUCGCCCAUCACGUCAAACGAGGAAGACUCCGUGCAAACUGCCCUACUGAAGAGGCUCUACGUCGUCGAAGAGCUACGAGAGACGGAGAAGGAAUACGUGGAGAAACUCGAUUACGUCUUGAAGAACUACUACGCUCGAAUGAACGACCUCUCGCUGCCCGAGUUUCUACGCGACAAGCGCGAAGAUCUCUUCGCAAAUAUGGAAGGGAUACACGAGUUUCACAGCAAAGUGUUUUUGGACGAGCUGGUGAAGUGUGAGAAUGAUGCGUUGGCUGUCGGGAGAUGCUUCGUCAAUUGGGAAGUGAAGAUGCAGGAGUUGUAUGUUACGUAUUGUAAGAACAAGCCGAGAUGCGAUGCUGUGCUGCAAGAUCCGAGCAAGAGUUUCUUUGAUACGGUUCAAAGCCAACUGAAGGACAGACACAACAUCUCAGACUAUCUCAUUCGUCCUGUGCAACGAAUAACUAAAUACCAACUCUUGCUGAGGGAUCUGGUGAAGUACACUGCAAGAGCUGGUGAGGACACGAGCACCUUGGAGACGGCGUUUGAAGGUUGUGUUGAUGUUCCUCGACGAGCAAACAAUGCGAUUGCUCUCAGCAUGCUUGUUACAUCAGAGGACAUUGAAGAGAAGUAUGGUGACCUGUUGCUGCAAGACACGUUCAUUGUGACCGAGAAAAGGCGUGGCAAUGAUCGUCAUGUGUUCCUUUUCGAGCGUCUCGUCAUGUUUUGUAAGAUCAAACGAGAGAGCCUUCCAGGAACAGGCGCAUCAACAUCAGUACGAGAAAAAGUCAGCUACAUUGAAAAGACAAGACUAAAUAUGGAUACCGUGAUGUUAACGACGUCUGUAGACAAAGAUCUAUGCAAGUUCAUGCUCACAGCCGGCAAGAACAACGAGAAAUACAUACUGAAGGCUUCUAAACGAUCCGUCCGCGAUGCAUGGGUGAAGGAGGUUCAAAACCUGUUAGCAUCUCAGCUCUUAGAAGUAAAAUCAGCUCUGCUACUGAGUCGGCAAAUAAGUCCGGGCAUGUUCACAGCACCCACUCAGAAUCCUGGUUCUAUCCGGAAGACAAACAGUUGCACAUUGCCAAUGCUUCCUCACAGCAGCAGCCAAACGUUUGGAGAUGCGAUGGCAGUGACUGAUGGCAAGAGUGGUAGUAGUCCUGGUCGAGCUAGUCUCAGUCGUAGCAGCAUGAGGAAUAUACAGAAACAAGCAAACCUCAACUGGGUUGGACUUUCAAGAGAUGCGAACGAGGAAGAGCAAGAAACGAGACGGCAGGCAUUUGUAAAAAGAAAGGGCACAUUACCUGCCAUAUCCAUAGAGUUGGUGCAGAUGCAGAUGUCAGUGAAGCCAGAAUCUUGGACGGCAACUCAGCCUGCCGCUCAAGUAGUCGUUGGUGAGACAUACGUCAUCAAUGAAGACGUAUCAGUGAAAGAGGAUGAGUUACUGUUGAGUGGUGGUGAACAUGUGAGAGUGUUGAGUGGCGAUGGGCAAGGAAAUUUCUUAGUUGAGACCAAGGAA